AAAAUAGUGCCAGGGCCAGGCAGCCACCCAAAAGAGGAAGAGCCCAAUCGAACGGACAAAGGGCUUCCAUUCAGUGUAUCGACGUGCGCGAUGGAGUGCAGAGCUAUUCCCAUUCUUCCGAACUACGCCCAAGCCUGUGGGGAUGUGUAUAUGUCGCCACUUCCACGCAAGAGAUCUUUGUGCCACACGCUGUUCGCCUACAGGACUCUGAACGAUCCCGUCAUCAUUUUGAUCACCUUGGCCGUAGUCGUCGGCUCUUUCUGCCUGCUGAGCGGCUUCAUUCUGCUCUGCGUCGUCUCCAAAGCCUGGCAGGACGAGACCUCCGAGGCCAUAUUGCUAAUGGCCGUUCAUUUUCAGUUCGAGUCGCUACCUUGCCGAAAGAUGCCGCUCUUGCAGCGCCUUAACCCGACCUGGGCCAGGCAUUCCAUACACAUCGCAAGAAGCCUCUGGCGCCGCUGCACCCAACUGUCGAGGAGUCCAAAGUUCCAGCGCUACGUGCGAUUUCUACAGUCAAACCUGUGCCCCGUCUAGUCCGUGCUGCAGUUGCAUUGCUGGAGUGGAGUUUGGAAGAAGAUCAGGGCUCUUUCAGCGGAUGACAGCAUCGGCAGCAAACUUUCUGCGAUUCUUCCACAAAAAAUGCGCAGCAUUCGCAGUAAUUGUGGCUGCUUUGAGAGUCGACGCACGUAGGAGGGGUUGAUGGAUGCCAAAAUUUAGCACACACUGCGCAUUAUUUAUACACCAUUAUACCCCAAAGAAAUGGCCAACGACCUUCACCCACUCCACAGAAGUAGAUCCACGGGAGCAAUGGGAUCAGCUGAAAGAUUAUAAAGACUCCUCGUACUCCCAAUUCGUGAAGCAUUUUUAAAAACUGCAAUGAGAUGGCGAGAUGAAGAGGUCUACCUCUUAUCGAUGCCAUGUCAAUCACUUGAUGACGACAGCGGGAUCGAACGGGGCAAUACCAUAGCCCCGACUGGGAAUCUACACAUUCUCGAACAGUAUUCCCUCGGGGAAAACACAUCGAGACGAGAACGCUAACAGUGCAAUAAAUAGUAGGCGCGAGUGUUCAUCGGCGUUCAGUCUCAUUCUAAGCCUCAGCCCGAUCGUGCCGGUACAGCUUAAAACCCGUAGCCCCAGCAAAAUACUCUGAAAAUGUUCACAUCGAUCAGAUCUCACCAGCAUCGCGCCGUCGGCCUGAUUUUGCGGGCCCUCGCUGCUGGCAGUCUGCUGAUCCUGAUGAGUGUCAUCCACCAGGACAACGACGACUCCGGCUCCCACUACAUCCACCCGCGGCACGCCAUGCAAUAGCCCCGACUAGGCCCGUCGCCGUAUGGCCCAGAUUACUUAAUUUUACUUGUAAUAAGCUUAGGUUAAGUGCAAUUAAAGCGUAAUCUACAGUUCACAGUCCGUUUCCGGAUAGCCGCGCUGAUCGUGAUUGCGCUCACCUACUGCUUCGGAUAGUAAAAGCUGUAGAGAUUAACCGGUUGCGGCCAGUGCGACAUUACUAAUGGCUCACACAGUGAAUUUCCCUGAUUCACACACCACCUAUUUAUAGACACAAAUGUCGUUCAAUUAAUGUACAUAAUUUAUGGAGGAUGCCGCACUUUUCCGUGUACCACCUAAGUCUCUCCAGUCUGAAUGUGUUUAUUUAUUUAGUUUGUGUCUAAGUAGACACACUUGAAAUUCUGACCUCAUAUUAUCGUAUAUUGAAUUAACUUAAUCUGUACAGCACUUAAUAAAGUUAAACAGUUGAACAUAAU